AUGAAGCUUACUGAGUUAUUGAAAGAUUGGGAAAUAGAGAAGAAGGUGUUUACUCUAACAGUAGAUAAUGCUUCUGCAAAUGAUACUAUGCAAGAUGGUUUGGAUGUGCUUAGUGGAACUUUGGGUAACAUCAGAGAUAGUAUUAAGUAUGUCAAGGGAUCUCAGUCUAGGAUUGAUUUGUUUCAAAACUGUAUGGAAACAGUUGGAAUUCAAGUUGAAGCAGGUUUGGUUUUAGACAUUUCCACUUGUUGGAACUCUACAUUCCUAAUGCUUUCUAGACCUAUUCAGUUGAAGGAUGUAUUAAGAAACCUAGCAGAGGUAGAUAAGAAUUAUAAGAAUUUCCCAUCUGAUGUGGAGUGA